CGCGCCACAAAACAAUAGCCAUUGCGUCUGUUUCUUUUUCUACUCUCUCUCUCAAACGUUGUCUCUCUCUCUCUCUCUCUCUCUCUGAAAAUUCUGUCAUUGACGACGAGUAAUGACCAGCAAUCCCCGAGUUCCACCGGAAUUGUGUUAAGUUGAGUUAGGGGGAAGCAAAACGGUGCGUGUCGUGGAGAUCUGGUAAAUUUGUGAAAUCUCUCACGCGCUGCCAUGGAGGUUGAAAAGGAAGCCACAGCUGAGAGCCUGAUUGAGUUGGUGAGUGAGAUAUCGGCGAUCUCAGAUUACAGGUCGACGGUGAAGAAAGAGUACUGCAACCUGGUGCGGAGGCUGAAGCUAUUGACCCCAUUGUUCGAAGAGAUUAGGGAUAGCAAUAAGCCAAUCCCUGAGGAGACUUCAACGGCCAUGUUUUCCUUGAAGAAAGCUAUGGAAUCGGCCAAGGAACUCCUCAGAUUCGGGAGUGAAGGAAGCAAGAUUUACAUGGUUCUUGAGAGGGACCAAAUUAUGAAUAAAUUCCACGAGGUGACUGCUCAGUUGGAACAAGCGUUGGGUGGAAUUUCCUAUGAUAAACUUGACAUAUCUGAUGAAGUUAAGGAGCAGGUUGAGCUUGUUCUUGCCCAGUUCACGAGAGCCAAAGGAAGGGUUGAUGCACCUGAUAUUGAGUUGUAUGAGGAUCUCUUGUCCCUCUACGACAAGACCAGUGAUGCAGCAACAGAUUCAUCUGUUAUACGGAGAUUAGCUGAAAAAUUGCAAUUGAAUGGAAUAGUUGAUCUUACACAAGAGUCAGUAGCUUUGCAUGAGAUGGUGGCUGCCAGUGGUGGGGAUCCAGGGUCAAGCAUUGAGAAGAUGUCAAUUUUAUUGAAGAAGAUAAAGGAGAGCGCUCAAACAGAAAAUCUAGACGUGGAUGAUAAUGUAGGAGGAAACAGCCUCUCUUCAAGUUGUUGUAAACAGGGGAAAAAUGAAAUGAAUCACCAGCCCCCUGCAAUCCCUGAUGAUUUUCGAUGUCCAAUUUCCCUAGAAUUGAUGAAGGAUCCUGUCAUUGUAUCAACUGGACAGACUUAUGAGCGUUCUUGUAUAGAGAAGUGGUUGGAAGCAGGGCAUGGGACAUGCCCAAAAACACAGCAGACCCUCUCUAGUACUGUUCUCACACCCAACUAUGUCUUACGAAGCCUCAUAGCACAAUGGUGUGAGGUCAAUGGCAUAGAACCACCAAAACGACCCAGCAGUUCUCGACUUAGUAAAUCAGCAUCUACCUGUUCACCAGCUGAGCGAAGUAAGAUUGAAAAUCUUCUUCAAAAGCUCACAUCUGGCAAUCCUGAAGACCAGAGAUCAGCUGCGGGUGAGAUCCGCCUUCUUGCGAAGCGAAAUGCAGAUAACCGUGUGGCUAUUGCUGAAGCUGGUGCAAUACCUCUUCUUGUUGGUCUUCUCUGUAUGCCGGACUCCCGCAUUCAAGAGCAUGCUGUGACAGCACUUCUGAAUCUUUCAAUAUGUGAAAAUAACAAAGGAAGUAUCAUAUCUGCAGGGGCAGUUCCAGGUAUAGUUCAUGUGCUCAAGAAGGGAAGCAUGGAAGCUCGGGAAAACGCGGCAGCAACUCUUUUCAGCCUUUCAGUUAUAGAUGAAAAUAAGGUUACAAUAGGUUCUUCAGGAGCCAUACCACCACUAGUGACACUGCUGAGCGAGGGUACCCAAAGGGGUAAGAAAGAUGCUGCAACAGCACUUUUCAAUUUGUGCAUUUACCAGGGUAACAAGGGAAAGGCAGUGAGGGCUGGUGUUAUUCCAACGCUGAUGCGACUGCUGACAGAACCUGGUGGGGGAAUGGUUGAUGAAGCAUUAGCCAUAUUGGCAAUAUUGGCUAGCCAUCCUGAUGGGAAGGCCGCCAUUCGCUCUGCAGAGGCAGUGCCUGUUUUGGUAGAGGUGAUUGGGAAUGGAUCCCCAAGAAACAAAGAGAAUGCAGCUGCCGUCUUAGUGCACCUUUGUUCUGGUGAUCAACAAUAUCUAGCUCAGGCUCAUGAGCUAGGGGUGAAUGGUCCAUUGUUGGAAUUAGCUCAGAAUGGAACUGACAGAGGCAAAAGAAAAGCUGCACAAUUGCUUGAGCGUAUGAGCAGGUUCCUUGAGCAGCAGCAGCAGCAUGAGGAAGAAGUUCAAACACAAACUGAGCUUCAAGCUCAGAGCCAGGAUAACGCACUACCUUCUAUUACUAACCUUGAUGAUAGCUGAGAUAUUUUGUGUUCAUUUUCGUUCGUUUUGUUUCUCUUUUGUUCUUUUUGAAGUGUUGAAAGAAGCGACUAUUUGGAGGAAAGGGUGGAAGAUCACCUGAUGACUCCAUCAAAAUUAUUCAUUUGUUUGUGUGAUAUAAAUAGAUGUAAUCCAAAAGGCCUUAAAAGGGAGAAGGAGAGUGAAGACAAUGAGCGAGAAGCGUCUGACAUGGAAAAUGUAUAAUUGUAACAUGCACUGUUGUAAUCAUCCUCAGAUUUUAAU